AUGCGGGUGCGCGAUGCUAUGGCCAAGGGUCGCAUGCUGCUGCUGUGUGGAAUGGACGUCAUCUACGAGGCACUCUACGACGUCCUAAACCAGCGCUACGUGCGGCGGCGGACCGAGGAAGGCGAAAUCGAAUUGCUGCUCCGUUUGGCAAUCGGAGCCCGGUCUCAGCUCUGCUCCAUGGCACCGUCCUUCAAGCUUCUGGUGCUGGUGGACCAGGACCAGGCCUUCCGACAGCUGGAUGUGCCGCAGCCUCUCCUGGCGAAGCUGCAGGCCUGGGCGGAGGUCUUGGCUCUGGAAGCUGGCUGCGACGUGGUCGCCGGCGGACUUACGCCUUCAACCUUGGCUUCCUUGCUGCUGGCACGGCCAGAGGCAGACUUGCAGCAGCUGAAGCUGGCCAUCUUGGACAUGGCACUGCCGCUAGCAGUGUUUCGAUCGAAGAGCUUGCAGCAGCUCAGAGAGGAGAACUCCUACUUCCAGGUGCGACGGAGCUUGGCAAGCAGCAUGGUUCAUAUCGUCUCCGGUGUGAAUUCUGGCGGCAUCCUCUGCGAGCUAUCCACGUCCUCGCCCAUGGCGCACAUGCCACCACUCCAAGACUUGGCUGAAGUUGGGGGCCGCAGCAUCAUACCAAUUUCGCAGCUCUCGGGAUCCCAGCAGCUAGAGGACAUUCUCGAGAAGUUUUUCUCCGAGGGGGCCGGGACGAGUGAAAACAGGACCGUCAAGAGGACGCUGGUACUCCAAGUGGAUGCUCUGAGCUGCAGCACCUCGCGCUUGGCACUCACGCGGCAUCGCGCAGAGGAGGCUCGGAACCCGCCUGCGAAGAACACGCUGCGGCUCGGGGCUGCCGCUCGUUCCCAUGUCUUCUUGGUCCUCCACCGGGUGGGAUGGACUUCAGAAGGCAGCAAGGGUUACAGCUGGCAGCCACAGAUUGGCUGGCACUCCAUGUUUGUCGACGACCUGCAGGGCUCAAAGAUGGGAACUCUGGGCGCAGAGAGCCGGCUGGUGGGCCAGUCGCUGCAGGCGAGAUGCAUCUGGAAUUGA